GCGGAGCUCCAAUGAAUGGUUGUCAUGGCGGCGGCUGCAACUGCGGAUUCGCUGUGGGAGGACCGAGAUGUUCGCUUUGACAUCUCUUCUCAGCAAAUGAAAAUGAGACCAGGGGAGGUCCUCAUUGAUUGUUUGGAGCCUAUUGAAGACACCAAAGGCAACAAUGGAGAGAAAGGCAGACUCUUAGUAACAAAUUUAAGAAUUAUUUGGCAUUCUGUUGUAUUGCCUAGAGUCAACCUCUCUGUUGGCUACAAUUGCUUUGUGAAUACAACAACAAGAACUGCUAACUCGAAAUUAAGAGGACAGACCGAAGCACUUUAUAUCUUAACCAAAUGCAAUAACACACGUUUUGAAUUCAUAUUUACAAAUGUGAUUCCUGGGAGCCCCAGACUUUUUGCUUCUGUUAUUUCUGUUCACAGAGCUUACGAAACAUCGAAAAUGUACCGUGAGCUGAAGUUGAGAUCCGCAUUAAUUCAGAACAAGCAAUUGAGAUUGCUACCAAAGGAACAAGUAUACGACAAAAUAAAUGGUGUUUGGAACUUAUCUAGUGACCAGGGAAACCUGGGUACAUUUUUUAUUACAAAUGUAAGAGUAGUUUGGCACGCUAAUAUGAACGAUAGCUUUAAUGUCAGUAUACCAUAUCUGCAAAUUCGUUCUAUAAAGAUUAGAGAUUCAAAAUUUGGCUUGGCACUUGUCAUUGAAAGUUCUCAGGCGACUGGAGGAUAUGUGCUUGGAUUUAAGAUUGACCCAGUUGAAAAACUGGAGGAAACUGCAAAAGAAAUAAAUUCAUUGCAUAAAGUAUUUUCAGUCAGUCCUAUAUUUGGAGUAGACUAUGAAAUGGAAGAAAAGCCUCAACAGCUAGAAGAUUUGAAAGUAGAACAAAUAGAGGAAGAUGUAGAAAUAGAGGCAAAUGAGCCGACAGAUGCCUUUGUGGCUUAUUUUGCUGAUGGAAACAAGCAACAAGAUCGUGAGCCUGUUUUUUCUGAAGAGCUAGGACUUGCCAUAGAGAAGCUAAAAGAUGGAUUCACAUUGCAAGGACUCUGGGAAGUAAUGGGUUGAUAUUCAUCUUAAAAAGAUGUAAUAAUUGACAAAAUAUAUUUUGUCUCUAAAAGUCAUGCUGCAGUCUUUUUAAUCAAUCAAGCUAUAGCUACCUCUUUUAUAUAGAUUGCAAGAAAAAAAAUAGUGUUCUUAUAUAGUUUUAACAUAAUAUCUUGUAUAUAUAUUUAAGCUGUGCUUUGUCUCUUUAUACAGUACUUCAGCUGCUUGCAUUUAAUAUCCAUUAUGUAUUAUUUAAAUAGCACUGUAAAUAAAACUGAUAGUUUGUAUUGUAAACUGAGAAAAGAUGUUCUAAAUUUGAAUGUUGUGGUUGCUUUGGUAGCUAUGUUGUUUUUCCUCUAUAUCUUUCAGCCGUGGCUCACAAUCGGUCCUAAAUGAAGAAACUAAAUAGUUCAUAUUUUCAAGUUUGAAAAUAAUUUUGCUGGGCCUUGAGACUCAAGGGAAGUUUAUUUUGAAUAGUCUUUCCCACUGGAAUCCAUACAUAAGGGAGAUAUAGUGCUGCUCCUUGUCCCAGGUUGUGUCUCCUCUCUGACAAUGAAAAGUUUGGAAUGAAUAUAUUGGGGAGUAACUCUGAUUUACUCUUGUAGGAAGUUAGCACCCACCCCCUCCUAGAAGAAUGAAAUAUUUUGGAAAAUAUUAAAAAGGCAGAAUAUGUUUCCCUGGAUGAGAAAUUGAGAAACAUGUUUUAAGGACAAAGCAGCCCCCUGCAGCUUCCAGCCUCCCCCCACCUUUGUCAAUGGGUCAGAGACAGAAACUCACCCUCCCACACACACCUUUGUCAAUGGACCAUCAUCUGCAACACAAUAGGACCCAUCUAGCAACAGAAACUCACCACAUGGCACCUGGGAAGAUUACAUCAGCCAGCAAGGCUAGCUAAGACCCCACCCCCUGGGAGUCUGACAACAAUCAGGAUACUCUUCCUGUGCCCCAGGAAGUUCAAAGCUCAGAGAAAGCAUAAAGCCAGGGCACGCUCAGCAGCUCACUCUCUUUUCUGUUCAGGAACUCAAGCCACGUGAUCCUGACCACCAUUAAACCAUCUUUCCAAGCAGUCUCCAUGUUUCCAGUGUCUUUAUCCCCAUUUGGAACUGAACCCAGAUGGACGUUUCUUCCAACACUGAAGUAAUUUACUAGUUUCUGGACUAAGAGGUUGGCUGGAUUACUUGGCAGAAUUACCCCUGAUCAGCCUCUUUGGCCAUUGAUACAAAGCAGCUUAUUUUUAAAAACAAAACAAAACAAAAACAGGAAAUGAAACAUCUUAAGCAAUUCAUAGGACUAAAAUAAAAGAAAAAGUGAAUAGAUCCAAAUACAGUCUAAAGCUCAAGUUUUGAUCUACAAACCUAAGUGAACCAAGCUUACUUCACUCUUGCAUCCCAGAAAAUUGCCAGGAAGAUUUUUUUAAAAAAAGUGACACAGUCCCUAUUAAAGUAGAAAUCAAACUGGAUCUUCUUCUGCUCGGCAGUGGCAAAGCAGCAUUUGGAAGAUCAAACGUCUCAUCUACUCAGGUAGAUUCCAGCUGGGUAGGGUUUAGCUGAGGAGACGGAAGCUUCCUCUUACAAGGUUAUCUGGGCUAGGCUUAAGCCUGUGGAUCCUGAGGGAUUUGAUAGGGAUCUCUGUGCUGUUAACUUAGCCACCUGUGCCCUGGACUCCUGUCUCACCUAGUUAAUGAAACAUGCCAGGUAAUGAAUGACUGGUGGUGGGCAGCCCCUUGAGUGAGAAGACAUUAUCGCCUGCAUUUGGAGUUUGGUGAAUCCCUUCUCCAGAAACCAUUGCUCAGCUCAGUUGUUUUAACUAUCAACCGAUCUCCAACAUUUCCCUUUUUUUUUUUAGAGAAGAUUAUUGAGAAGGAUGUUGGGCUACAGUUGCAAAAGGUCAUGGGUGAAACCUAUUCGCCCUUUUUAAUCAGGAUUCACGUUGGGUGUGGGAUCAAAACUGCAGUAGUUGCUGUUAUUGAUGACCUUUGGCAGAACAAGAAGGGGAGAAUGACUUUCUCGGUCCUGCUUAAUCUUUUGGUAACUUUUGAUACCACCAACCAUAGUAUUCUUCUGAGCCAGUGACAAGAAUUAACUGAACUCUUAACUCAGUGGUAGUCAACCUGGUCCCUACCGCCCACUAGUGGGCGUUCCAGCUUUCAUGGUGGGCGGUAGGGGUUUUGUCCAAUACUGAAGCACUUUCCUUUUUUUUAAUUUAAUUGACUUUUUAAAAAAAAAUUCAUAGCAUCAUUUAAAAACCUUUUCAUUAGGUUUUCAUAAAAUUCCAUGUGACAAUGUAACUUUCUGAAAAUAUACUAUUUUUUUUUUAUUUGCAUUUAUAUCCCGCCCUUCUCCGAAGACUCAGGGCGGCUUACACUAUGUCAAGCAAUAGUCUUCAUCCAUUUGUAUAUUAUAUACAAAGUCAACUUAUUGCCCCUAACAAUCUGGGUCCUCAUUUUACCUACCUUAUAAAGGAUGGAAGGCUGAGUCAACCUUGGGCCUGGUGGGACUUGAACCUGCUGUAAUUGCAAGCAGCUGCUGUUAAUAACAGACUGCAUUAGUCUGUUGAGCCACCAGAGGCCCUAUAUUUGUAUCGGCCAUGCAGAAGUUUAGUUCAUGUUACCUAAGUGAAACUAAAUGGCGCUAUAGUGCGACCGCAAACAAAAGAGCCUCGUCCCAGAAUAGCUCACACAUCUCCCCCCACACCACCCAGCUGUAACAGACAAGCAGAGCUGGUAGCUGGUGCCCCCUCCCCCAAACCCAAUCUACAAUGUGUGAGAGGCAUUCACAGAUGAUGAUAACACAGCGCAUUACUGUGGAACCGAUGGGCGGUUAGAAAAUUUUACUACUAACAGAGAUACAAAAGUGGGCGGUAGGUAUGAAAAGGUUACUACCCCUGUCUUAACUGUUAAGCAGUGGUUCUCCUUCCUGAAUAGUGUGUUCCGGUUGAUAGUAUUGGAAGAGAAGAAGUCAAGGCCUAGAGAGCUCCAGUUCGGGCUGCCACAAGUCAUUUUGCUUCUUUCUCUGCUAUUUUACGUCUUUUUUAAAUCACUGGGAAAAGUCACUGGUGGCACAAGAUAAUCUGGUAUUUCGUCAAUAUGCUGCUGAUGCCAAGUGUUAACCACAAGCAACCAAAACAGCUCCAAAAAUGAUUAAAUAAGUUUCUUUAGUAAAGUCUAUGGAGAAUCUCAGUCAUCCAAGUCAUGGUUGUCCCAAAGGUGCUUUUUCAAGAAGCAACUGGACUUUCGGAGUUUUCUUUGAAGACAUUUCACUUCUCAUCCAAGAAGCUUCUUCAGCUUCUUUAGUAAAGAACACACUUUAUUUCUUUAGUAAAGAAUCCUUAGGAAAUGACACAUAUACUGCUAAUGUCUUGACUUUAUAAGCUUCCUCUUCCCCUUCAGCCAGUGGUUCCACCACAUCCAAUUAUGGGCAUCCUUCCUGAGCCUGACAGAAGUUGUGGUGGAGGACUUGACCUGUGCCCAAAAGGUGAUAGGGAGAAACAAACUUACUGAACCCCAGCAAGAGACAAUGGCUGUGAAUUCAUAAACCAUCUGAAUAUAUAGUAUAUUGAGAAGUAUUGCUAAAUGUCAAUGUAAGUAGAAUCAAUUAGUAAUACUUAAGUCUUGUAAAAGCCAGCAAGAUUUAUUCUUCAGAUUUAGACUAGCACAGCCAGUGAAGUCUAAAAAUUAUAUAUGUGAAAUUCAAUACAAUGUUUCAAAAAAAAAGCUUUGGAUAACAUCGUGAUCCAAUGAAAAUUAAAGACUGUACAGAUAAUUCUUGAGUUACAACAGCAAUUGGGACUGGGAUUGCUAUUGCUAAGCAAUGCGGUCAUAAAUGACAAUGCCAUGUGACCCUAUCGUUUCGUGCAGUUCCAGUUGCCAUCAUAACUCCAGGACAAUACAGGUCAUUAAGCAGGAGCCCUAGGGGUGAGGAGGUACCAGUGGGGGGUCAUAGGUGGUGAAGGAGCUAUGGGCAAGCACAGAUUACAGAGCUCAGGUGGGUGGGACUGCUACAGAGUAUGAAAUCCUUACAUACUCCAUAGUGGGGCUAUUCAGGACAAAAGGCAUUGGGAGAAACUUAUAGAGCAACUUGUUACUUUCCUUGUCAGUUUCCCCAUUGACUGACUGUGGGCAGGGAAGGUAGCAAAUGGUGAUCACAUGAUUGUGGGGAUGCUACAAUGUCUGCAACUUCCCGGCCCAGUCAUAGGUUUCCCCAUUUCAGUGCUGUUAUAAUUUGGAAUAGUCACUGAACAAGUGAUUAUAAGUCAAGGACUACCUAUAGUGGAAGACAGUACUCAAGCUCACAAAUACUUAAUGCUUUGUUAUGAUUUCAUUGAUUCAACUUAAACCAGAGAUGGGUUUCAGCAGGUUCUGACCAAUUCUGGAAAACCGGUAGCGGAAAUUUUGCGUAGUUCGGAGAACUGGUAGUAAAAAUUCUGAUUGGCCCCCCACAUCCCAUCUAUUCUCUGCCUCCCAAGUCCUAGCUGAUCAGGAGGAAAUGGGGAUUUUGCAGUAACCUUCCCCUGGAUGGGGAAGGGAAUUGAGAUUUUACAGUAUCCUUCCCCUGCCACGCCCACCAAGCCACACCCACCAAGCCACACCCACAGAACUGGUAGUAAAAAAAUUUGAAACCCACCACUGGCUUAAACCCUUUUCCUCUUUGCAGUCUAUUUUGAUUCAUAAAUGAUAGAGAAAACAUCUUUAAUUUGGUUGAGCAUUCAUGCCCAGACUGCUCCUAUUCCCUGAAUUGCUGUUUGAGACUCAACCCUAAUUUUAUGUUAAAUCACUGCACAUGCUGCAAAACAGUGAGAUGAAUGACUCCAGUAAUAGGCUAAAAUAAAUCCCCAAAUUUAUCCCCUAGCACGGCUUUUGGAGGAAUUUGUUUUUACUGGCAUGUAGAUUGAAGACUUUCAGUGAAACAAUAAUCUUUAUAGGAGGUUUCAGUCAGGACUGGCUGUUGGUCAUCAUACUUUCACCUGCUAACUUCCAUCUUUUUUGAUUCAUACUUGAGCUGAAGUAUUAAGUGACACGAAAGUUAUAGGAACCAAUUUCUUAGUCACUACAUUCAAACCUAAUUCUGCACUCCUGCUAAGUCACAAUGCUAAGUAUACUUUACAAGUAGCCUCCAUCAUUCAGCAUGUGUAAUAAGUAAAACUGAUUCCCUAGUGACUAAAGUAACAGUUGCUU